AACACAUGGCCCGUGAAAACGGGGAAUAGAAAUCGACCCGCGAUCAUAGUGGAGGCUCGAACUUGAUAAGCCGCCGUAUAAAUUUAAUUGGAUUAUCGUGGCUUCAUCUUACAUGUUGUUUGGAAGAUCGCUGGUUCGAGAUCAUUGUACAUUGGACCCAUCAGGCAUCGCCAAGUUGUCUUGCUGGAUAGGUCAUAGUAUGAAACCAGCCCGAGUGCGCUGUUCAAUUGGCCCCGGAUGCUGAUAGACGCCUCCAGUGGGCCAUCUUCACGGGUGCCACAUCAUCCCCAUACUGGGUCCCCAUAUUCUUACAUACGUAGUCUUAUGUAUAGUUGAGGAGUAUAUCUUAUCUCUCUUCUCUCCCUCCAUAUCCAUCUCCCUUCUUACGCUCAUGACGCCUCACUUUUUUUGAGAAAGUUGUGGUGAACCCCUGUGUCUUAAACUGAACCGCCAUCCAUAUUACAACGCUUAGUCACACCGCCCCUUAGGGGCUAAUUUCGCUAAACCUCCCUUUAAAGCCUUCAACCUCCCAAAACAUCGCCAAAGGCUUAAACUCAUCCGCCAGCUCUGCACGAUGUCACAAGUAUCUACCGAUUCGACCCUCGUGAAUGAGGUGGAGGAGUCGAUCGAAGCGGUUGCGAUAGCUGUUGGGAAGGUGGCCCGUGAGGAGAAUGAUUCCCACAGUGUCACCAUCGUGAUUUCUGACCUUCCUAAGAAGCGAUUGCGGGAUGAGUGCAAAUAUCGCGGAUGGUCAAAAUUGAAAGGGUCUCCUCCAAUACAUGUCACAACGGCCGAUGCUUUGCAAGAGACCAUAGACACUAUCAAGCCCACUUCUAAGCGCACGGUCCUAAACUUGCUUGCUAGCAGUGAGGUCCCUGAGAUAUCCUUCAAUGUGCCGUCGCACUUUGACAAGCUCAAGGUCCUUCGAUGUGCAUCCAAGCGCGACAAGGGGAAAUUGUUGAUCGAUGGAUCUUCCACUUACCACCACAUUCGCCUAGAUAAGUGGGAAGCGCAUCGCCACAAGUAUCAUACCCUCAUCUUAGGGUACCAGAGAGGAGUUCGCAUCAAGCUGGCUAGCAUUGCUCCUAAUACGCCAUGGUCGCGAAUCGUACGAAACCACGAGGACUUCAAGCAGACCGAAGUGGAUGAGAUACUGCAACUGUUUGAGAAGUUGGCAGGUACCAAUGGCCAGUGGGACGAGAUCAAAGGCACGGUAGCCGCGAUAUUAAGUCUCGUCAUCGGAACGUAUAAGUCCGUGAUGGGGAUGAAAGCAGGCGAAGGUGGAAUCGAUGUGAGAUACGCGUUCGGCAUCACAGCUGCCGAGCUCGGGGUGGUCAGCACGAAGCUAGCCCCUAUCGCUACCGCAGCCGGCCCUGCUGUCGCUUUAGGAGUGGUGGCAGCGGCGGCGGUCUAUUUCAUACCUUGGGAUAUGCUCUUCGACUAUCUCAAGUCUGGCCUGUCUUGGAUCUGGGAUAAGAUCUGCAAGCUCUGGGAGAAAUUCAAGUGCUGGGUCCGGAGUCUUUUCACGGGCGCGUCGGAGACUCCCCCAGACACCAUGCCCAAAAGGGCCAUGACCUUUUCACGAUAAAAUUGUAUAUACGAUCGGGAUGAGGCAUCGUUGAAUUUUGAACGUCUUGAACAUUACAAAGAUUGGAA